UCUGUUUAUGGCUGCACCAUUUCUGUUUUUGCUGUUUUGUUUAUGGUGGUCAAUUAGCCAGUCACAUGUUAGCCUUUGAGCUUCUGAUUUAUGUGAAUGGUCAGUAUACCACCGAAACUGAGAUUCUGUUGGCGGCAUUCAAUGGUGAACUAUAAUUUGGUUUCACUGCCAUAGGUCAUCAACAACAUCCACAAGUUCGCCACCAAUUGCUUUGAACUUUAAGUUCUGUAUUGUAUUGUAAUCACUGACCUACUUGCUCUUUCUGCCUUUUCACUUCUCCAAUGCCACUUCCUUUUGUUGUUUAUAAUGGAUGUGCUCAUUAGCCUCCAUGAAAGUGUUUCUUCAUUGUGUGGAUACCACGUGGACUUGUUGGUUUCUAAGACCAUGAUAACUGCUAACAUGAGUUUCUCUCAAAUUUUGUAAUGGGUUAAAUAGGUAGCAAACAGGAAGAAAACAAGUUGGGUGGUGAUAGCUUGACUCAGCUACCCAAAGGAGCAGUUCUCAUGUUGUGCAGAACAUGUGGGAAGAAAGGAGAUCACUGGACAUCGAGGUGUCCGUACAAGGAUCUUGCUGCCCCGGUCGAAUCAUUUGUUGACAAACCUCCUACAUCUGAGGCUGCUGCUCCUGGCGGAGCCACCAAGGGUUCUUAUGUCCCACCAAGCAUGAGGCCUGGUGCUGAGAGAAGUGUUGGUUCGGAUAUGCGGCGCAGGAAUGAAGAGAAUUCGGUUCGUGUCACCAACCUCUCUGAGGACACACGUGAGCCGGACUUGCUCGAUCUCUUCCGCCCAUUUGGUCCUGUGAGUCGUGUCUAUGUUGCUAUCGAUCAGAAGACUGGUGUCAGCAGAGGUUUUGGGUUCGUCAACUUUGUGAGCAAGGAAGAUGCUGAGAGGGCGAUAAACAAGCUGAACGGAUAUGGUUAUGACAACCUUAUCCUUCGUGUUGAGUGGGCUACCCCCAGAGCGAAUUAGAGAUCAGUGUCAGCAGAGCCCUGCAAGUUUUUGGUAUCUGUUGUUAGUACUUGUAAGCUCUUCUUGCCAUUUUGGAUCUUGGUUCUUUCCAUUUGCAUGAUGGCGCUUAAGGAGGCUGAUGAUAUUUUUAUGUAUUCUGUCAUUUCUUUUUUGCAUCUAGUCUUAUACUAUGCAUAUUGAUCUCGACUACCUUGGUAGAUCUUUUAUUAACUUGGUUUACAUUCUAGUCCGGAGCGUUGGAUUCUAAUAUGCAAAAACAGAUAAUUUGGAUUCAUAGGGUUCUGCCUGUUCAGUUAAAUUUAACUGGAUUGGGUGGCAUGCUAAUUGGAGCCACAAUUGGCAGCCAAAGCUGCGUGAAGAACACAAUCUUAAAAGAUCUAGACUCUAGAGAGAUUUGUGAAUAGGAUGGACUACUACAGUGAAUUUGGGAAGGCUCGCAAAAUAGGGUAUUCACCGUUCAACCCUCUUGUCUUGGGACAGGUAAAUCGAGCUUGAUUGCUGUAAUGGCGAAUUAUCUGUAUUGAUGUUUAUGAUAUGGAACUAACCGAGAUCAGGGAGAACUCAAAGCUAAGAAGUAGAUGCUAGGGGUGGCUAAUCCGGUUAAAUUGGUCUAAAUUGAUCCGGUCCAGUCCGGUCUUUUUAAAAAUAUAAGGACCAAAGAUUG